AUGAAAUUUAGAGUUUCUCUUCCGCAAUCAGCUCCGAUUGUUAUUGAUCUUCCGCAACUUCAAUCCGACACCACAGCCACAUUGGAUGAUUUAGUCAAUUCUCUGCUUAUGCACGAUUCCAUACCUACGUCCUUGAAACAAUGUGCUAUUUCUUUGAAAGUUGGAUUUCCUCCAACAAAAGUAGAUCUUUUGAAGAAUGGAUCAUCCACAUUGAAAGAUUUAAAAAUCGCGAAUGGAGAAAAGAUUAUUAUUGAAGAAGAUACUGGAUCGAGUGGAAAGAUUGUGAAAGGAACUAAUGUUGGUCCUUAUGUUCCGCCAUCGACCAAUGUUGGUUAUUUUGUGAGAAGAAAGCAACCAUCUGACAAUUCAUGUCUCUUCCACAGCUUAUCCUAUGUUUUAAAUGGAAAGAAUAAUGGAAAAGUGAAAGAAUUGCGUGAAAUUUGUGCUCAUUAUGUCGCUGAAAAUCCAAAGGUGUAUACUACUGAAUUUUUGGGAAUGAGAAAUAUUGAAUACGCAAAUUGGAUCUUGCAUGAAGACACUUGGGGAGGAGCAAUUGAAAUUUCCAUUCUUUCUGCAUACUACAAAGUGAGAAUCAUUGCAUUUGACACAACCACAUGUAGAGAAGACGUUUAUGGCAGCGACCAUGAUGAGUACACAGCCAUGGCUUUAAUCAUUUACACAGGAGAUCACUAUGAUGCAUUAUGUUUGAAUCCUAAUGGAGAAGAGGGAUCUCCUGACAAAGAUAUUGUGUUGUUUAAUGUCAAAGAUGUGAAUAUUUUGGGAAAAGCAAGAGCUUAUGUUCAAGAAGAACACAAGAAAUUCCUUUCUAGGAGAAAAUAA